CUCUGCCUUUUCCGUAAAUAUCCGAAGAGCAGAUAUAAGAUAUAGCUGUUACACAAGUAUUUUAAAUAAACACUAUUGUUUGCAAUUUAGUGUUGCGUUCAAACUGUAGAUCACGUUACUGUAAGUCGGUGAGCCCAAGAUAUAUCUGCUCGUCGGAUAUUUACGGAGACAGCCGAGUCUGGUUGAACGAGACUACCCACAUUCUCAAACGCGACAUUUACAAACUUCCGGUUGAUGUGUUUGGUCAUGUGAUUUGUCUUGUGAUCAUCUUCCCGGCAAGCAUGAUGGCAGGAGGUUAUUUUGUGUUGUCCGCUUUGCUUUGCUUAUCCAUUGCAGAUGCAGAAUACCUGAAGUUCAAGGCAAAUUAUGAAGAUGACGUCAAAGAGUUAAUCAAUUUUCUUAAGAAACCUUUCCUACCCGAGCGUUUCAAGUCAUCGGAAGUCUUACUGAAUGCGGGCUUGGACAAAAGUAAAAGGUUGACAGCUUUUCACUAUAAGAACUGUGGAGGAAUGAUUGAUGUAAGAAGUCUGUCUGUGAUGCCUGACCCCCUUCAAUUCCCAGGGACCAUCACCUUCAGUGCCAGUGGAGCACUGAAUGCCACCCUCUCUGCUCCUCUUAAUGCAGCAGUUGUCCUGAAGAAAAAAGCAGCAGGAAUAUGGAUCCCCAUUCCGUGCAUUGACCAAAUAGGUUCAUGUAAUUACGGCGACAUAUGUACUUUAUUAGAGUCAGUGACCCAAUGCCCCCCUCAGCUCACUGCUAUUGGUAUCGACUGCAAGUGCCCCAUCAAGGCGGGUAAAUACACACUACCAAGUAUGAGCCAGGACAUCGGAGCUGAAGUGUUCCCAUCCGGGGACUACCAAGUCACGGGCAAUGUUACCGACAAGGCUGGAAGAGUUGUGGCGUGUCUUCAAGUAGAGCUUUCUGUUGCCAUUGCCAUUAAAUCCCUUAAAAAUGGAAAAUCAGCUGGAAUAGAUGAAAUCCCAUCAGAAGCAUUGAAAGCAGGUGGAAAUGAAAUUAUCGAAUACUUGUACGGAUUGCUGAACAAAAUAUGGAACCAAGAGUGUUUACCAUCAGAAUGGAAAAAAGGCCUACUAGUCAAAUUAGCAAAGAAAGGUGGUCUUAGUAACUGUGAAAACUGGAGAGGUAUCACCAUUCUUACAACAGCAAGCAAAGUUCUGAGUCGUAUAAUACUGAAUAGGAUUAAAAAUGCAUUAGACAAGAUUCUCAGGGAAGAACAAGCUGGCUUUAGACAAAACAGAAGCUGCAUAGACCAAAUUGCUAUACUCAGAAUCAUCAUCGAGCAGUCUGUAGAGUGGCAGUCCUCACUAUAUAUAAAUUUUAUAGACUUUGAGAAAGCUUUUGAUAGUAUAAACAGAGAUAGAAUGUGGAAGUUGCUACAAUAUUACGGUCUGCCAGUUAAAAUAGUCAACAUGAUAAAAGCAUUAUAUGAAGAUUUCAAUAUACAAAUAAUAAAUUAUUCAAACCUAACUGAACCAUUUCAAGUAACAACUGGAGUUAAACAAGGAUGCAUUCUAUCACCUACCUUGUUUUGGGUAGUAAUUGACUGGGUUACAAGACAGGCCUUUGAUUCAAAGAGAGGAAUACAAUGGACAAUAGUGAACAACCUUGAGGAUCUAGACUUUGCUGACGACCUAACAUUGCUAUCCCAUCGUAUAAAAGACAUGAGAGACAAAACCAGGAAACUAUAUGAAAAGGGGAGAAAGAUCGGAUUGAAAGUUAACAUCAAGAAGACCAACAUAAUGAAAGUUAUGACCAGGAAAGGGGGAACAAUAUCAGUUGAAGGUGAAGACAUUGAGGAAGUAGACCAAUUUACAUACUUGGGAAGUAUUGUAAGCAAAACAGGUGGGACGGAAGAAGACAUUAAUUCUAGGAUAAGAAAAGGAAGACAGACAUUUGCCAUGCUAAAGCCUUCAACACAAUCAAAGCUUGUACGUCGUAUGUCGUCAGUAUCUUCUGAUACACGUAUAGAGAAAGAUCUAUUUUUCCUUUCUCUACUUUUAAGAGACAUGAAGUUGUUAUUAGUCGUCGCUUUAUUUGUGGGUGCUAAUGCCGGGGAAUACGUCCCCGAGACUGUUGAAAAUGAGAUAUAUUUAAAUGACGAAAGUCACGUCAGACUGAACGAUGAAACGGAACUUCUCAUGGAUCUCCUUAACCUUAAUGCUCUCCCAGAACGAUACAGAGGGGAGGACUAUUUCAAAUCCGUCGGUAGAAAGAAGUCUUCUCGAGUGGAGGCUUUCCAGUGGCAGAACUGUGGCAGUAAUGACCCCGCUACCGCCUUGAGUCUGUCCGUUACCCCGGACCCACUACAGUUUCCAGGAACUAUCAAUAUCGCAGGCAAACUGCAAUUCAACGCCUCGUUUCCAGCUCCUCUUCCGGCAAGCCUUGUUGUGUCAAAGAAAGCGGCGGGAAUCUGGGUCAAGCUGCCAUGUAUUGAUAGCUUCGGUUCCUGCGACUACCCUGAUCUCUGUGAAAUUCUGAGCGGUGCGGGAGACUGCCCCGACCCCAUCGUCUCCUCGGGUCUAGGAUGUCAGUGUCCGUUCAAAUCUGGUACGUUUGAUGUUCAGGGUUUAUCUUUCGACGUCGACGCUUCCGCUCUACCAUCUGGAGAUUACAAACUCAGAGGAUCUAUCUCUACUGGUGGAAAGGAAGACGCAUGCGUGGAGAUUGUUUUAACAAUUGCGUAAUAAUACUAGUACAAUUAUAAAUUUAGAUGAAUAAAAUAUUUCAUCAU